AUGGAAGAAAUCAAGAUCCCUUCGCCGUCCGCGAUUUUAGACAUCCCGCCCGCCGUUUCGUCGGCCGGGGCUCAUCCCAAAGCCUCGUCCACGUCCGCUCCAAGAACGGCCACCUUCGCUUCCAACGCGAGUCCGAUUACUAACAAACCCAAGCAGUCCAAAAGCCGUAAUGGCUGCAUUACUUGCAAGACAAAGCGACUGAAAUGUGACGAGUCCAAACCCACUUGCCUGCAAUGCAAAAAGCGGAAUGUGGACUGUGGCGGAUACAAAAAGGACUUCAAGUGGCGUCCCUUCGAAGAGACCAACGUUGCCCAGAAAGCCGGGGUUGCGAAGUCGAAAAAUGUCUCUUCGUCGCCUCCCUCUCACCGGCGAACCAACUCCGGUCCUGCAGCACCGCCCGCAGUAGCGCGCUCAAAAGCACGCGCGGUAGGCCAGGCAGCCUCACCAACCGGCCCCUUGGUGGAACCGAGGAAGCUGUCGAGUCCUGAUAAAAUCUCUUCCAUUCUCAACGCUUCGCCCAGUCACUCCACUGGGUCACUGCCGCAAACUGAUAUUACCCAGUUCGCAGAUGAGUUUCUCAGCCACCAUAGCCUAGGCAGUCUGGGUGAGGAUAUCAGUGCACCGUCACUGGCUGAGAUCACCCCUUCAGACCAAUCCCCUUGGCUCUCAGACAUAUCAUUCCCAGCUCUAGACCAGGAGGCAAGCCCUGACGGGGUUACGGUCGCAACGUCAGAGGAGGAUGUUCUCCAAGACGCCGAUAAUUUCAGUUUCGAGGCUCUUCUAGAAGGAGAUAAUGAUGAUAUUGAAGAGAUCGUGCGACAGUCCGACCGGGGCAUGGGGCCACCCAUCCCGGGACUCGGAGGACCGGAUUUCAUGUCGCAUCUUCAGAGCUUGAACGCUCCGCCAGAACUCCUCCAAGAGCCCCGGUUUGGAAUCGCAGCCCCCGAAAUGCUGGUGUUGCAAUUUGACAGAGUGACCUGCGGGAUACUGUCGAUUAAAGACGGUGCCCACGAGAACCCGUGGCGAACUUUGAUCUGGCCGUUGGCGAAGGAUACCCCGGCUCUAUACCACGCCGUCUUUGCUUUGGCAGCCUUUCAUUCCAGCAAGCAAGUCCCCGCGUUGAGGGUACUUGGAGUAGAUCAUAUGCGCCAGAGCAUCACCUGCAUGGUGCAAGACAUUCAGAAUAUGAGGACGGAUGCCGCGUUGGCCACGAGUCUGGCACUCGCUUUCGCCGACACCUGGGAUCAACACACUCGCACGUGCAUUCAGCACCUGCGGGGUGCGAAGGCGCUGGUGUCGCAGGUCAUUGGAAAUGGACUGCAGAGUGGGAUGAGCGGAACCGAUCUGGAAAGAGUUCGGUUCCUCUAUAACACCUGGUUGUACAUGGACGUGAUUGCGCGAUUGACGUCUCGGGAGGAUAGCGGGAAUUCAGAGCUGGACCUGUCGGUCCUUGAGCCCCCUAGUGAUGCAGUGCAUGAAAUUGAUCCCUUGAUGGGCUGUGCCACCACGCUUUUCCCACUCAUAGAUCGGGUUGUUCGGUUAAUUCAACGAGUCCGCAAGACGGAGUCCAACUCCAUCUCGCUUGUCUCUCAGGCCAUCGAGCUGAAGAGGCUGGUCGAGCAGUGGGAGCCCCCCGACUGGUUUGAACCGCCCGAGGACCCGACCUCGGAGGUCCAGCAUAGUAUUCAAACCGCCCACGCCUACCGCUGGGCAACCCUUCUUUACCUUCAUCAAGCUGUCCCUGAAAUGCCCUCGGAGUCCGCGCCCGAUUUAGCCAAACGGGUGUUACUUCUACUUGCCACUGUUCCUCCUAGUUCUCGGACGACGAUCAUCCAGAUGUUUCCUCUGCUGGCGGCCGGGUGCGAGGCAGAGCAAGAGGAGGACCGCGAGUGGGUAAUGAAUCGGUGGACUGCAAUCCAGACCCGCCUGAUGCUCGGCUCGAUCGAUCGCUGUAUAGAAGUUGUCCGGGAAGUCUGGACUCGUCGCGAUGCGUCCGAAGCAGAGAGACAGCGACGGCAAUCCCGGGCUGCGGGUCGUUCAAACUCCCAAGCUCUGCCUCGCGACGCCAUCGGGAAAGAUGGACUCUCGUUCAUGGGUUCGGGAUCAGGGGACCGCUCACCCAGUAACGCUGUCUACGGCAAAGACCCGUGGAGAAGGCCUUCCACCGACGAGCGAGCAGUUCCUUCCCGGAUAUCUUCCGUAAAUGCACGGCGAGCGUCGACCGCAUCGCCUCUUGAGAACAUAGAAUUCGAAAAAACGGUUCGGGGUAGCUUGCAUUGGGUGAAUGUGAUGCAGGACUGGGGUUGGGAAGGUAAGCCACUUCAUCCUUUUCAAUUCCCUCCCCCCUUCUCUUUUGUUAUUCUUCUUCUCGCUCUUUGGAACCAGUAA